AUACUCGAGUUAAGUUGGCUGAAAACGAAGAUGAUAUGGAAUCUGAGUACAUCAAUGCUAAUUAUAUAUUUGGUUACACUUCACCAAGAGAAUACAUAGCAACACAGGGACCUCUUCCAACAAGUAAAAAUGAUUUCUGGAGAAUGGUCUGGGAACAGAAUUCUCCUACCAUAGUUAUGAUUACACAGUGUGUAGAGAAGGGAAGGGUAAAGUGUGAUCAUUAUUGGCCGUUUGAUUCAGAUCCGACUGAUUACGGUAGUAUUACAAUAACUAUGACAUCUGAGUCUGUGUUACCAGAAUGGACUGUACGUGACUUCACUCUUGAACAGGUUGAGAAUCGUGAAAUCCGAGCUGUACGCCACUUCCAGUUCACUGCCUGGCCCGAUCACGGUGUGCCUGAAACCCCAGACUCUUUGCUACGAUUCAUACGUACUGUGCGUGGGCAGAUACCAAGGAAUAGUGGUCCUAGUGUUAUCCAUUGCAG